AUGACCACCCGCCGCAUCGCCACCAAGGUCGAAAUUCCCGUUCCCGAAACCUCCAACGGCACGACUACCCGCAACAAAACAACCAAAGUGGACUCCCCACCCCUAGCCGGCUCCCCCUUCCUCCCCACCCCCCUCGAAGCCGUCCUCCUCGCCCUCUACCCCGGCACCCUCCUCCUCGGCUCCCUCUUCAGCAGCCUCCAUCCCUCGUCCCGCAACGCCCUCUACCUCGCCGACGCGCAGUCCUACGACCCCAGCUCCGCACCCAGCUAUUUCGCCAAAAAGAGCAACAUCUUCAACGUCUACUUCGUCAAGUUCGGCUGGUUCUGGACGACCCUCGCCUUUGUCUUGCUGGUGUUUUCGCACCCGUCGCUGGGACCGCCGUUGGGUUUGCGACUGACGAAGAGAAGGGUGCAGGCGGGGAUACGGUAUGCGUGUAUUACGGCAGUGUGGGUGGCGGUGACGCAGUGGUUUUUUGGACCGCCGAUUAUUGAUCGGAGUUUUAAGUGGACGGGCGGGCAGUGUCAGAUGAUUUAUAGUGAUAGUCCUGGAGCGGCGCUGAAGAGGGCGGAGAUGGGGGAUGUGAGGGAGGUGCUGACGCAUGCGGCUUGCAAGGGGAUCGGAGGACAGUGGAAGGGCGGGCAUGAUAUCAGUGGGCAUGUGUUUCUGCUGAUCUUGGGGAGUGCGAUGCUCUGGCUUGAACUGCUGCCGGCGGUGUUGAGGAUGGAAGGGCUGAGGGAAGCGAGGCGUAUCAUGACAAGCGAUGGCUUGAUCAGGAGUGCGUCAAUCGAGGCAGAUGGGGAGGCAGAGGGUAGGAGUGAGCCGAAAGGGAUUUCAGUUGGAGUUCAGGGAACGCUGGCUGUACUCGGUUUGAGCUGGUGGAUGCUAUUGAUGACCGCGGCGUACUUCCACACUUGGUUCGAGAAGUUCACGGGACUGGUGGUGGCGUUCGGGACGAUAUACACGGUGUACUUCCUCCCGCGAGCAGUACCGGCAUUGAGGCAGGUCCUGGGCAUGCCAGGAGUAUAG